AUGGGCGUCUCCAAGUCGGAUGCGAUUCUCAUCGUGGGAGGUGGUGCUUUUGGUCUCUCCACGGCCUACCAUCUCGCGCAGGAAGGAUACACAAAUGUCUCUGUGUUUGAGAGGGACGAUCAUAUCCCCCCGCGUUACUCUGCAGCCAAUGAUCUGAAUAAGAUUGUGCGCGCUGAAUACGAGGAUCCUUUUUAUACCGAUUUGACGAUUAAAGCAAUCGCUGCGUGGAAAACUCCCUUGUUCGCCCCUCAUUUCCACCAGACCGGCUUCCUCCACUGUGUAUCCGGUGAUGCGCCCCAAAAAGCGAUCGAUACGCUGAACAGAUUCCGCGCCUCAGCUGAGCGUAAUGCCCUCAUCAAACCGCAUGUCAGAUCUCUAGACGGCGAGGAAGAUAUUCGGCAGACUUGCUGGCAGCUAGAUGGCCCCCUUCCGGGCUGGAAAGGAUACUUCAAUAACUUCGAUGGAUAUGCCCAUUCCGGUAACGCCCUUGCAGGGAUCUACCGCGCUGCGCAGGCUUCCGGAGUGCGAUUCUUUCUAGGCGAGCAAGGUGCUGUGGAUGAGCUUGUCUACGUCAGCACCGUCAAUGGGCGAAAGUGCGCUGGUAUCCGGACAAAGAAUGGCCGAUUCCACCCAUCAUCUCUGGUCAUUGUUGCCGCAGGUGCCGGUGCUGGUCGUUUGGUCCCUCAAAUUGGACAGCAGGUUGUCGCCAAGUCAUGGUCUGUCGCUCACGUCCAACUCACCGACGAUGAGACCUCGGGUCUCCGUGGUAUCCCGGUGACUUAUGCCCGUGAUUUGGGAUUUUUCUUUGAACCAGACCCGAAGACCAACUUGCUGAAGCUGUGCCCCAUGGGUGGUGGGUACAUCAAUACGGAUCCCAAGACGGGCGUGUCACAUUCACCGAAGUCGCUGAAAGAGAGCGCCUUCGUUCCGGAGGAGGAUGAGAAGCAGAUGAGGAAACUCUUGGCUCAAACGCUUCCAUCUCUGGCCGACCGACCCCUUGUCAAGAAGUCACUUUGUUGGUUCGCUGAUACAAACGACUCUGAAUUCAUCAUCGACUAUGUGCCGAAUCUGGACUCUUCUCUCAUGCUUUUGUCCGGUGAUUCGGGCCAUCUGUUCAAGAUGUUCCCGAUCGCUGGUACCUGGGUAACGGAUCUCCUGGAGUCACCCAACAAUAAGCAGACUCUGGCACGCUGGCGGUGGAAACAACCAGAUCCCAAGGCUGGCAAGGAUUGGGGAGGUGAUGUGAGCUGGCGUCUCGGAGACUCCAAGGAGCUGUCUGCUAUCAUGCCUGCAAAGGCCUCAAAGCUGUAA